AUGGCGUUCCGCGGUGAGAGGUUUCACCUCGACCUCUCUGAUGACGACGAUGCACCCGCCACUGCAACAGCUACAACGGCCCCAAUUCCAUCUCUCAGCAGCUUUGUUAACGACAUUCAAGAACGAACACCCUCCGCGCCUACUCCUCCUUCAGCCCCGACGCCUAAAUCCUCGCAUACCAAAACUGGCUUCCCGGCACACCGCAAACGCAACAAGGUAUCCGCGUUCAAACGACAACGUGAAAAUGCAGGUGUUGAUGCCUAUAGUGAUAAAUCUGUGGCGAGAGACGACACCGAGGCAGAUGAAAAAAGGGCUAUUGAUGAAGAAAAUAAGCGGAGAAUAGACGCUAUGUCGGAGACGGAAAUCGAAGCUGAACGAGCUGAGCUUACGGCCGCCCUGCCUGCGUCAUUGAUCGAAAGGUUGCUGAGAAGGGCAAACAUCGACGAAGAUGGCCAGGAAAUAAAGGGGAAGAAAAAUGUUAGAACCAGAGCGUUGGAAUCGAGCCCUUCUGACUUCCCUGACGGAGAACCGAAGAAAUCAGUUUCGUUCGAUAUACCGACCAAGCAAGGCACGCCAGAAAACGCUCAAAACAACGAAAAUGAACAGUCAUAUAUCCAGCCAGACGACCUUCCGCCAUCGAUUCCACCGCCUGACCUACAUCCGGCCUCCCAACCACCACCACCAAUCCACUUCCCUCGUCCGCCACCCCGCUCCGAUCCCAUGCCAAACCUUGACCCAUCCUCGCCCUCGUUUCUUUCUGAUCUCCAAACCCACUACUUUCCCGACACCCCUCACUCUGCGUCAGGUCUGUCUUGGCUACGCUCCUCGGAUUCUGACUCUGACCCGUCAUCCGCCUACCACCCUUCUAGCACUGCAACUUCUAUUGCGCCGGCAGCACUACGCUUCUCUCUGAAAGGAGCCAUCCUCCCGCCCCGCACAGCACUCUCCAUACCCCCAUCCAUGGGCCUUCAUCAUCAUGCGGCCGACCCAGAAGCGGCAGGAUAUACAAUCCCGGAGCUCGCGAUACUAUCACGCUCUACGGUGCCAGCCCAAAGAUGCCUAGCUUGGCAAGUCUUAGGCCGUGUGCUCUACCGCCUUGGUAAGGGUGAAUGGGGUGAUCAGGACAGUCCGUUAGUGAAUGGGCUGUGGAGUGUGGUUGAGCGGGAAUCCGUUGUGGCGGGCAUGUUAGCUGAAGCUGGAGGGGAUGUCGAUGUUGAUGGAAAGAAAGAGUCCUCCAACAAUAACCAGCCUACCCCAGCUCCGGCAAAAGCCAGGGGUAUUGGCCGACAUGCCAGUGCUAGAGCAUGGGCUACAGAGGCGGUUUGGCUUUGGCAGCGAGGAGGUGAUGGGAAAAGAGGACUUCGGAGAGAAUCUGGAGCUGUUUAG